UUUUUCUAUUAAUGAGUCCGACAUUUUCGGGUCAUUUUAGAAUUCGGACUUUCGCUUCAAAUCUCUCUUUCUCUCAGCCCUCUCCUGCUCUCGUCUCUCAUCCCUCUCUCACACGUCACGAUCCAGAUUCCGGCCACGUCCUCGCCGGAAAACCACAAAUCUCCGGCAUCCCUAACCUUACCUAUAUCCGUGUAAUCGGUUUCACCGCCACUUAGCCAUGAAUCCCGAGUAUGAUUACCUUUUCAAGCUUUUGCUCAUUGGAGAUUCUGGUGUUGGCAAAUCAUGUCUCCUCCUGAGGUUUGCUGAUGAUUCAUAUCUCGAGAGUUACAUAAGCACCAUUGGGGUUGACUUUAAAAUUCGCACUGUGGAACAGGAUGGAAAGACCAUCAAACUGCAAAUUUGGGACACUGCUGGGCAAGAACGUUUUAGGACAAUCACUAGCAGCUACUAUCGUGGAGCACAUGGAAUUAUUGUGGUUUAUGAUGUGACGGAUCAAGAAAGCUUCAACAAUGUCAAGCAAUGGUUGAAUGAAAUUGACCGCUAUGCGAGUGAGAAUGUAAACAAGCUUCUAGUUGGAAACAAGUGUGACCUCACAGCAAACAAGGUUGUGUCUUAUGAGACAGCCAAGGCAUUUGCUGAUGAAAUUGGAAUCCCUUUCAUGGAAACAAGUGCCAAAAAUGCCACCAAUGUAGAACAGGCUUUCAUGGCCAUGGCUGCUGAGAUCAAGAACAGGAUGGCUAGCCAACCAGCCAUGAACACUGCCAGGCCUCCAACGGUGCAGAUCCGAGGACAGCCCGUCAACCAGAAGUCUGGUUGCUGCUCUUCUUGAAUGGAAAAAAGUAUUGGUUGGGAUGUGAUGCCUGUGUUUGAUCUCCGUGGCAUGUAAAAUUAGUUGUUUUUAAUGCUCUGAUAUGAAGAAGACUCUUCCUCAUGAUUUCUGUUUCUCAUCAGUUUCAGCACUUUGUUAAAACUUCCAUUCUUUUCAAUGUAAUUUGAUUUUAAAGAACUGUCUGUACAAAUUAGGAAUGUCGGUGAAUAGCAGUCAUUGCCUUUAUUCUGUUAA